AUGCUUCAGCUUGCACGACUCCCAGCCAUCCUCAAUCGUACGCCCGGGGGCUAUAAAUCGAUGGACAUUUUAUUGGACAACCGACCACCACCAUCGAUAAUUAUCCUACUGCUAACGAUGGUGCGUGCUGCCUCGAAAUACUACGACGGUCCGAUCCGACCUUACGAGUUUGGUUUUAACAUCGAAGGACAUCAGCACAGGAAGGAAUCCAAAGAUAAAAAUGGAAUCAUUAUGGGCGAGUUCGGCUUCAUUACGGCCGACAACGUAUACCACGUCACGGUGUACGCUACCGAUGCGGACGGUAACUUUAAAAUAGUCAGCAUGAAAAACUACAAACUCGGACCCUCCACUCCUCCACCACCUCCACCUGCACCGCCCACCCCUCGCCAAACGACCACGGCUACGACGACGACAACAUCCACCACCCCGCAGCCAUUCCGCAUCAUCACCACCGCGAAGACGAUCGUUCCGCUCACAACGCCGAAACCUUCGAACGUUGCGGCCUGCUCGGGAUGCAAAAUUCCGGAACCCGCCUCGACCACACAGCCUCCACUGCCGGAAACGAGCACCCAGUACGUGCCGCCGUUUAAGAUCGUGAACAAAAACGACCUCGAAUCCGUCGGUUCCGGGAAAACAACCACAACAACCGAAUCAACGCUUGACGAAACAGAGCUUCCCCAGGACAUCCCGCAGAAGUUGAUUGAAAAGUCCCCUGCCGAACCGAAGGGGCGGCCAGGAUCCCCCGGCGGUUCUGAAAAAUCGACCCACGAUGCCGACAAACGCAUCUCCUCGAAGGAAGCGGGAUCACGCGAAGCGACGAACGCAGAACGUAAGGCGCCUCAAGGUAUGCAAUCGUUCAGCAAAGCCAACAACCAAUCUAGCCAAGACACCACCAACCAGCCUGAUCGAACGAAAUCGACGAAAGCAACGUCGACGAACGCGAGAGGUGGCAACGACAAGCAAGACGAUCCGAUGAAGCUGGUCGAGCUGCAUACCGCCAACAUGAUCCAGCACAUCCUGAACGGGCUGCUCUAUCGGUUCAACUACACCGUCGGGUAUCACGGGCAUCACGAGCAGGGCGACCGGCAGGGCAACAAGGAGGGCGGCUACUAUGCGAUCGGUCGGGAUGGAAUAAGGCGCGGUGUCAGCUACAAAGCCAACGAGUUCGGCUUCCAGCCGCACAUCAAGUUCGAAAAGGUCAGCCCGGAGGAAACGCCGCGCGAGGACACAGAAAAGCAGGCCGGAUUGAAGGGGUUCGAUUUUAAGUGGUUCUAUGGUUCGUAA